AUGUUCAACGAAUACGUAGAUGGACGUCUUGUCUAUCCUAAGCCAUCAGCUGCCGUAUGUAAUGGUAACACGUAUAACGCCAAUGCUUGUGCUGUAGCCAAAGCUCAAUGGUUAAAUUCAGUAUGGCGUAGUGAUCAAGUUGGUGCAAUGCAAAAUCAUAAUUGGGAAAAUAGUUCAUGCUCUGUAUCAACAAACAGCACGAAAUGCAAUCAAGGUUCUGUACCUGUGGUUGCUGUGAAUGCAACAUUACCUGAACAUGUUCAAGCAACCGUUCGCUUCGCUGCUACGAAUAAUCUUCGUUUAACGAUCAAAAGUACAGGACACGAUUAUUUUGGCCGAUCAGGAGCAGUCGGAUCUCUACUUUUGUGGCUUCAUUAUAUGAAAAACAUGACGCUUAUUGAAAAAUACUCAUCCUGCAAUGGUACUAAUGUAUCUAAUACUGUUCGUAUAGGUGCAGGCGUUCAAUGGGGUGAAGUUUACAGAUGGCUGAAUGAGUACAACUUGACAGCGAUUGGAGGAGCCUCGGCAACAGUCAGCGCUGUUGGCGGAUACUUGCAAGGGGGUGGCCAUAGUCCAUUAUCGCGUUGGCAGGGUUUGGCUGCCGAUCAAGUACUUGAAUAUGACGUUGUUAUGGCGAAUGGAGAACGCAAAACGGUUAAUGCAUGUCAAAAUAGCGAUCUAUUCUGGGCAUUAAGCGGUGGAGGUGGAGGUACCUAUGCGAUUGUACUUUCUGCAGUCAUCAGAACUUUUCCAUCACCAUAUAUGAUCGGUGUUACAUAUGGAGUCAAUACUAAGAAUAAUACUCGUUAUGCAAGACUAAUUGAAAGUUUUAUUCGUUUAUUACCUACAUUAGCCGAUGCUGGAUGGUCGGGUUAUUUUUUUAUCGAAGAUUUGACAUUGAGAGGUGUAUUUCAGAUACCUAACGGAAAUUUUACAGCAGUCAAUAGUACACUAAAUCAAUUUGCAGCCAAUAACAGUGAUUUAGAUUUUGGAAGUACUAAUAUUUUUAUUGUUCCGUCAUUUUACCACUACUUUGCGAUAAUAUUAGAACCGAGUAAUCCAACUGGCUUCAAUGUUUUACUUAGCUCACGACUUAUUUCAGAAAGUAUUGUUCGCAAUCAACCGGAUAAAGUCGCACAAGUGUUCGUUCAGGCAAAAGGUCAAACUGCAACUGGAUCAUCGCUUCUUGGAAAUUUUAUAGCUGGUGGACAAGUAUCCAAUUUAAAAAAUUUUAAUAAUAGUGUCAAUUCAGGAUGGCGUACAUCUCUUCUUCAUAUGGUCUAUUCUCAGGCUUGGUUAGAUACAACACCCGAGGCUGAUCAAAAAUACCUAGCUCAACAAGUCUCAAAUCAUGCAGAAAUUUUAAACACAUUAUCAAUUGAUUUUCCGGCAAGCUGUUACUUAAAUGAAGCUGAUCCAAAUGAAAUUGAUUGGCAAGUUAAGUUUUUUGGUACAAGAGCUAUUUACGAUCGACUCAAAUCAAUCAAACAAAAUGUUGAUCCAGAUGGAUUGUUUGUUUGUAAAAAUUGUGUCGGCAGCGACGAUUGGACAUCGGAUUACAAUUGUCCAAAGACAUCACAUUCUAGAAAACUUCAUUUAACAAUAUAUCUCUUAAUUAUGGAAAUAGUCACAAUAUUAUCGUAUAAAUUCUAA